GAUAGUGUGUCCAGCUGGGAGAAUGCAGAAGAGCGAGGCUGGCUAACCGGCUAGCAGUCUGAGCAGCAUUUCCCCUCUUUCCUGGAGGGGGGCUAAGCGUAAAGGUACGGCCUUUGCCGCGCCGUCAAUCUCGGCUGUUCUGAUAGCUGCCAUGCCGGUCCACUCACGGGAGAAGAAAGAAAGCAACCACGAAGAAAUGGAGGUGGACUUUCCGGAGCAAGACGGCAGCAGCACAGACGAGGAGGACACGGUUAGCUCGUCCGUGUCUGAAGAUGGAGACAGCUCUGAGAUGGAUGAUGAGGACUGUGAGAGGAGGAGGAUGGAGUGUCUGGAUGAGAUGACAACACUAGAAAAACAGUUCACCGACCUGAAGGAGCAGCUGUACAAGGAGCGCCUCAGCCAGGUGGAGAUAAAGCUGCAGGAGGUAAUGGCCGGCUGCGCCCAGGAGUACCUGGAGCCUUUGGCCAACCUGCAGGAGAACAUGCAGAUCCGGACCAAAGUAGCCGGGAUCUACAAAGACUUGUGCCUAGAGUCGGUGAAGAACAAAUACGAGUGCGAAAUCCAAGCUGCUUGCCAGCACUGGGAGAGUGAGAAGCUGCUGCUUUUUGACACGGUGCAGAGCGAGCUGGAGGAGAAGAUACGAAGACUGGAGGAGGACAGGCACAGUAUUGACAUUACCUCAGAGUUAUGGAAUGAUGGACUGCAGGCUCGGAAAAACAAGAAAAAAGAUCCCUUCUGUCCUGUCAAGAAGAAGAAGCCUGUCGUCGUUUCUGGGCCUUAUAUUGUUUACAUGCUGCAAGACCUGGAUAUUCUUGAAGACUGGACAGCCAUAAGAAAGGCGAUGGCGUCCUUGGCGCCUCAUCGGGUGAAAGUGGAUGUCCCUGCAGUGAAACCGGACAGACAUCACCAUGUGGCGCGCUCCGAGGAAGGUCGGCUUUUCUACGACAACCAGUGGUACUGCAGGGGACAGACCAUCUGCAUCAACAGGAAGGAUGAGUUUCCGACCAGGUACGAUGGGGAGGUGUUGAGUUGGUGAGCAAAAAAUAACUAAAACGACAAAAUUUGGGGAUUUUCUGAUUGACCUGAGGUCAGAAUACUGCCUGUCGUCUUGUAUUAGCCACAUGCCGAUUUAUAUUGAUCCUCCUCCCAAUCAUUAAACCAAAGCAACCUUUGUUCUUCUCCUAUAUGUGAUUGAAAGUCAGAGACAGAAGCAUAGCUGCAGUAGAAAAGGUGAGACUUAUUCACCCGGCGCUUGCUUAUUAUUCAAGACGGCUAACCGUACGGUGCAAAAACCACGGUUCACAUGUUUCAUCUGUGAUUGUAGGGAUUAAACUUUUCAUGCCGAGAGUUCCUACAGUAGAGGAGAUGAAGCAGGUGAAUGAGGAGCUGCUAAUUCCAUGGAAAAUAGACAAAAGACGUCACUCGAUGAGUUUCCAUUGACAAUACAAUAUAAUUGACAUGACGCCGGCUUCGCCCCCAUGCUGACGUAGAGCAGUCCUCCCCAAAUCAAUCCAGGGCUUUUGUCAGCAACUGACCAAUCAGUGUUCCAAGUACAGUACUCCAACAACAUUCACAGUAUCUAUCAAAGAAAACACGCUGCAGUCAGAGAGAUUUUGAGGAGAAUAAUGGAUAAUCACGGUCUAAAUUGUCAGUGGGAAAUAUGCAAUCCCCACAGCCGUUACCUAGAACGUGUAGAGGGUAGAAUACAAUAUAUUACAUUUCCAAAACCAAAAAGGAGUCUGGAAUAAUGCAAGAAAUGGAUUGUGGAUUGCAGCCCAGCCCACGUCCAGUUGAAUGAAACUGAUGGACGGGAACUACCACGUUAGUCAGCACCACGAAGGUAACCGGUGAUAAACAUCCCAUUUUUUGACAUACCACCACUUACUGAUAGCUCCCUGCUAACGACUCGAGGCUGACGGCUCAGUGCUAACGACGCAAGACUGACGGCUAAGCGUCAAAUAAACACAACUCAGUUAAAUUAAAGCGAUGCUAAACAUCUAAUCAUUUCCAGAUCAAUAAGUGAAGGUAGUUACGCUGGAUUUUAUGCGUGUAGAUUCCAACAGUAGCUCUGGCAGCAUGAAAACAGACUGCACUUACUGCUAUAUUGGCAUUUAAGCAUCAUUUGAUGCUACUGUUCAUUUCUAAACAUCUUCCUGAAGGCAGAUUUUCACAAGCCGGUAUUAUUUAAGUCAUUACUCACCCAUUUUUUACGUGCAAAGUACGUCCAACAGCGUUCACACUCACAUCCAAUCAGACUUUUUUUUUCCCUUCUUGGGCUUCAUCGUUGACUUCUCCAUUAUUUCCUGCUAAUAACCUUAUAGACCUGACUUGGACUAGUUAAAGAAUUUACUUGCCUGCCAUCUUUGCCUCAGUGUUUGUUUAUAAGGCAAAAAUGACUCAAAAAAUGUCUCAGGUUACUCAUUGAGGUCCGUUACGUCUGCCAUAAUAACAGUUGGGUUGUCGGAGGACAGUUCUACUUCCAAAGGGGGCGGGGCUGGCGUCAAUUGGAAUUAAAUAAAUUUGCUUAAUGGAAACAGCAAUUUUAAAAAAAAACUCACGUUUCUUUGAUGAGAUGUUUUUUUCUCUAAGAUGAGGUGAUUUGUUUUUGGCUUUAAGAUAAUCGGUGUGUUUUGAAAAACCUCAAUGGAAAUACUUUUUCGCAUCACAUGAGUCACUUUAGCAACAAACAGAUGUUACUACUGGCAGAACUAACGAAGACCAUAACAGGAAGUGAUAGGAGGAUGAAGGUGUGCCAAGUUUUUUUUAACAACUUAUUGUGUAAACAAACUUACUCAUGCAUGAUUUUUUUUUUAUUUUUUAAAUAACAUUAUUUGUUGAAAGCACCACGACUGCGAAAUUGUGGUUUUUCAACAGUGGAAUAUCAAAACAUUGUUUACCCACAUUUGCAGUGAAAAUGCAGCUACUGACAUUAUAUUUGAUCAGAACGCAAAACAUGAGAAAUCAAUAAAUAGUCCCUCCAGAAAUUCAUGCAAAAAUCAACAGUUCCUGGCAUUUUUUGUGUUGGU